AUGUUUACAGCUCGUCUGCCCACACCAAACAUUACCAGAGACUCAUCAUCUUCAUCAUCAUCAUCUUCAUCACAGCAGAAUUGUUCAUUGUUGUGUUCAGUGGUGAAUGUGAGUCAUGUGACUCUCUCCUGGUACAAAGGAAACAGUUUAUUGUCCAGCAUCAGUGUGUCUGAUCUCAGCAUCAGUCUCUCUCUACCUCUGGAGGUGGAAUAUCAGGAGAAAAACAGCUACAGCUGUGUGAUCAACAAUCCCAUCACAAACCAGACCACACAUCUGGACAUCACACAACUCUGUCACACAUGUGAAGACUCUGUGUCUCUGAUAGUGUUGGUCUCUGUUUCUGCUGCGGCUGGAUCUCUGUUGAUGUUUGCUGCAGUCGGGUUCUUCUUCAUCUUCAGAAGACACAGGAAAAGAGACCAAGAAGAAUGUUAA